UUCUUAUUAAACAUCAGUUGUAUAAAUUGCUGAUAUUGUAAUGAUAAUGUUCACUUGCAGUUGACCAAUAACCAGAAAUGGCGUCUUGCUUCAGCAACGCGCCGUGUCUGACCCCGACGAACGGAGCGGCGCCACUGGCGUACGCAACAGCUCUCCAAUAUUUCGCGGCUGCACAGUGCUUCCUAACCCACAACCUCCUACCAGAAGCCAAGCUUAAAAAUCACGAUACAUUUGACUUCAUAGUUGUUGGAGCAGGGUCUGCAGGGAGUGUAGUUGCUAGUCGACUGAGUGAAAAUAAAAACUACAAUGUUCUGCUCAUAGAAGCAGGUGGCGACGCUCCUCUUGAAUCUGAUAUCCCUGGUUUUGUCGGGUCUUUGUACGAAUCGGACUACGAUUGGAAAUAUCAUACAGAGAACGAUGGAAGAACAAGUCAAGCAAUUAUAAACGGAACUGUAGGCUGGAACAAGGGAAAAAUGUUUGGUGGAAGUAGCAGCAUGAAUUCCAUGUACUAUGUGCGAGGCGAUGAUCAAGAUUAUCAAACCUGGUACGACCAAGGGAAUAAGGAAUGGAGCGUCGAUGAAGUAAAACGAUGCUUUAAAAAGUCAGAGAACCUCCUAGAUAAAGAAAGAUUAAGUAAUCCUAAAAUCAGUGAGUUCUAUGGUCACGAUGGUCCACUCAAUGUUAAUAGAUUCAACAGCACUUUCAAUGAAUACAUAGCUAAGAUUUUGGAGGCGUGGGAAGAGAUCGGCUUUAGAAAUGUUCCCGAUUUAAAUAUAGAAAAUGUUAACACCUCCGGAUACUUGCUUGCUUCUGCAACUGGCGGUGUGCGCCAAAGUACAAGUAAAGCCUAUGUGAUACCAGCAGAAAAGCGAUCUAAUUUGAAAAUCCUUAAACAUUCUUUAGUAACCAAAGUGUUGAUUAAUAAAAAAAAUAAGAAAACGGAGGGCGUAGAAGUGGAAAAAGGUGGCAAAAAAUAUGUAUUUUAUACGAAAAGAGAAGUUAUAGUAAGUGCUGGUUCAGUAGCCUCUCCUCAACUUUUAAUGUUAUCAGGUGUGGGCAAUGCAGAUCAUCUUUCAGAAAAAGGGAUUACUCCUAUUGUUCACUCACCAAAUGUUGGGCAAAACGUUCAAGAUCACGCUGUAGUUCCAAUAUUUAUAUUCUCUGACGAACCAAAUGAAUCAUCAUUGCCCGAGAAAUAUCUUAGUUAUGUAGACUACCUGGUUACACGUGCAGGUCCUUUAGCUCACGAUGAUAUAGGUACAGAUGCUAGUGCAUUCUACACAACUGUUGAAGGAGCUACUUACCCAAACAUCCAAACCAUUUUGGUGGUAUACCCUAAAAACACUCCUGGAUUGAAAGAAGGUUUCAGUCACUCUUUCCGUUACAACGACACAAUUAUGGACGAUAUUGUAGAACUGAACAAAGAUCACGGUAUUUAUCUAUUUGUAUUGAAUCUUUUACAUCCUGUAUCCAGAGGACAUAUAUCUCUUAAAAGUAAAAACCCUCACGACGCUCCUCUUAUUUACGCAAAUUACUUAUCAGACGAAACAGAUGUUGAGACUAUUGUUAAAGCACUGAAAAUGUCAAGUAAAAUAGUAGAUACAGAAUACUUCAAAUCCAUUAAUGCGUUUUUGGGAAGAAUGAAUAUUCCGGCGUGCAAUGAGCUUGAAUUAGACAGUGACGAAUAUUGGAGAUGCGUUAGUAUUAAUGUAGUGUCUACACUGUGGCACCCCGUGAGGUCCUGCAUGAUGGGGACUGAUAUCAGUAACUCAGUGGUGGACAGCCGGUUAAGAGUUCAUGGAGUCAAAGGCUUGCGUGUGGUUGACGCAAGUGUGAUACCCAGUACUACAAGUGGUAACACUAACGCUCCCACUAUCAUGAUUGGAGAAAGGGGUUCAGAGCUUAUAUUAGAAGACAAUAACUACUAAACAAUAAAUAAUGCUGGAACUGCAAAUCUUGCACAUUCUACAAUAAACAAAUAAAUCUUA